AUGUCGUCCGCCCUCUUUGGUACGUCGUCCGAGGCGAUCCCUCAGUCCCUCCGCGACGAGUUGGACGGCAACGUGUUCCGGGGCGUCGAUGGCUUCUUUGCCAAGUAUUUCGAGAACAAAUCCUGGUCCGCUACUGCUCAGAAAAAACUGCAGGAAGCCAAGUCGGCCGAGGUCAUCAGGAAGCUAUCUGCACAGGCGUCCGAGCUGGCUCAGCUCACUUUGACGCACUGCGGCCUCAACCUCCACUUCCGCAGCCAGCCGCUCACCAAACCAGCCGGUCCUCUGAGCGCCAGCGUCUAUCUUGAGACGUCGCAUCUCCCGUCCGUCGCAGGGAACACCCGCGUGGUUGGAGAGUUCCAUCACGAAAACGCCGCCCCUGUCGCUGUGGAGGAUAACGAUGACAUCCUGCGCCUCUGCGGUCGCGCACUAGAGGUGUUCAAGGCCCAGUCGGCUCGUCUCUUCCUGCACGGCUUCCGAGUCUGCGGCACCACCCUGGAGCUCUGGGUCUUUGAUCGGUCGGGGGCGUACAGCAGCGGCGAGCUCGACCUCGCGCAGCGACCCGACCUGCUGGUGCAGGUCCUCGUAAGCUACGCCAUGAUGGGUGAUCAGGAAUCCGGCUUCAAUACCUUUGUGAAACAUCUCGGGCCUGUUGGAUCGGACGGCGGCUACGUCGCGUUCGAUCAGGGCAACAAGUUAUAUCUCAGACCGAAGUUGAUUGCAGCACCGAGCUACCUAGUUGGACUGGGAACAACCUGCUAUCCGGCCUCAGUAUCGCCAACAGGCGAGCCAGAUGCCGUCAUCGAGCAGCUGAAGCAGGCGCGCGAACGCAAAGUCUGGGGCGUCCUCCAGCUCCUCGGCUCCCAGGACCUAGGCAGCGUCGCCGAUCUUCGCUCUGGGCUGCAGUUUCCUGGGCCGUUUGUCAACCGGAUCUUCUCCUGCGUGGCAACCGCCCCUCUUGGCCGUCCGAUCCAGAAGUUCACGUCAAUCCCCGAGCUUCUACACGCCCUCAGUGACCUUGUCAAGGCCCUCCGAUCUCUCUAUGUGGACGCGGGCAUUAUCCAUCGCGACAUCGCCAUCAAGAACUUGUUCCUCGCUCCACAUCGCAGCAGCACCGACGGCCCAAAGGGCGUCUUGAUUGAUUUCGACCAGGCCCUAGACCUGGCUACCGCCUCUCCUGAGCAGCCGCUGGUCGGAUCCGAUGGGUUCAUGGCCAUCGGCAUUCUCUCCGGGCAGCGGCACACGUACCGACACGACCUCGAAUCCCUGUUCUAUGUGUUCCUGUGGUUUGCGAUUGGGAAUGACCACGAGCACGACGAUGCGUGUGACAUUUUAGAGGGUCUGCCCAAAACCUCCCGGCUCUGGAAAUGGUGCUCACUGGACUUCCGUUCCGUUGGUCGGGCAAAGGCUGCCGACAUGAGCCCGAAAGGCUUUGAGGCCAUUUUGGAUGAGUUCUCGGCUGAUUUCGCUCCUCUCCGGGGCGUGGCCUGGGAGCUGCACGCGCUGAUUUUCCCUUUGCGUGAUGGACGGGUUUUUACGGGGACGGAUACUGAGCAGGUGGCUGUCGAGGGGCUCUAUACUGCGAUGGCGGAUGCUUUUGAACGGGGUGUCUUGGCACCUCAGAACUAG